ACACCCGUAGAGCUCAACAAAAAUAUUACAAUAUAUAUAUAUACUUAUAUUAGAUAUUAAACAUAAUGUAUUUGGUUUUGUAUUACACUAAUCAAAUUCAUUUUUUUAUGAAUUAAAAAAAAAAAAACAAGAAAGACGUAUGACUAAAAUAAAUUGUAUUUCAUAAGGGGUUACCUGCAACAGUAACGUUACUAGAAAGACAACUGCAAAUAAUCUGAACUAUAUCCACCAGGAAAACAUAUGGAAACAUAGAUGGAAACUAAGGACAACCAUAAUAACUAAUAACGCAGUCAGUGAAAAAGUAUGACCUGAAAACGAAAGAUAAGUCAAAAUUAAAUGAAAUGGUCAUUUAAGGCUUUGGAUUUAGUAUAUUAAGUUGCAUAUCUCAAGCUGCAUUAUACUAUACUGUAAUCUUUUUUUCCGAAUAACGUCACCUGACAUUUAGAGCCAGGUUCAGGAUAUCUGACGACCCCUAACGUAGCUCACAAGAUAUUUUCAGUCUCCAUUAUAGCAUCACGGGACAGGACACGAGGCUGCUCGGUCCCACUCACUCCUGGUGUCAAGAUUCAGAGACGUUAAGGCGGCAGAGUGGUGGACUUUCUUUAAGCAAGCAUCUUUGACCGAAAGUGGUGCAAGUCUAAGCCGGUGGAUCGAACAUGCCCCCUGCAGCAGCAACCAAAGUAGGCCACACACCACCAGAUGGAGGCUGGGGCUGGGCUGUUGUCUUUGGCUCUUUCAUCUCCAUAGGAUUCUCCUAUGCCUUUCCCAAGUCCCUCACCAUCUACUUUAAGGAGAUUCAGGAAUAUUUUUCCGUCUCCUACAGCGAGAUUGCCUGGCUGUCCUCAGUCAUGCUCGCUUCUAUGUAUGCUGGAGGACCUGUGAGCAGCGUACUGGUCAACCGCUUUGGCAGCAGACCUGUGGUCAUGGUCGGUGGGCUCAUGGUCAGCGCUGGCAUGGUGCUUGCUUCUUUUGGCCAGACUAUCAUGCAUCUGUAUUUGUGCGUUGGAGUUAUUGGUGGUUUUGGACUCGCCCUCAACCUACAGCCGGCCCUGACGAUCAUAGGGACCUACUUUAAGGUGAAAAGGCCGAUGGCGAACGGGCUCGCCAUGGCAGGAAGUCCAGUUAUUCUAUUCACUCUGGCUCCUCUCAAUCAGUUUCUGUUUGAUUCUUUUGGCUGGAGAGGGAGCUUCCUCAUCCUGGGAUCCAUCGUUUUGAACUGCUGUGUAGCUGGCGCUUUGAUGAGACCAGUCAAUAAAAAUACCCAACCAAAGACUGAACCACCAGAGCGUAACAAGGCAUCUGCUGUGGAAGCUGCUGCUUCAGACACCAGUGAGCAGUCUGCUGACCUCCUGACUGGAGAAAACCAAGAUGUGAGCAAGAGGCAGGGCUGUUUGCACACGUUCAUAGAUCUCUCACUUUUCAAACACCGGGGCUUCCUCAUUUAUCUCAUCGGUAAUGUGGUCAUGUUUUUUGGGUUUUUCGCGCCUGUGGUUUUUAUGGCUCCGUAUGCAAAACAUCAAGGGAUUGAUGAAUAUUCAGCAGCUUUCUUGCUCUCUAUUUUUGCUCUGGUGGACAUGUUUGUGAGACCAUUAACUGGCUUCAUUGGCAACAGCAAGUGGAUUCGGCCACGGAUCCAAUACUUUUUCAGUUUUGCAGUUUCAUUCAAUGGUGUGUGCCACCUUCUAUGCCCACUGUUACCUGGAUAUGAGGGUCUGGUUGUGUAUGCGAUCAUCUUUGGUUUGGCAUUUGGGAUGGUUUGUGCACUGCUUUUUGAAGUUCUGAUGGACCUUGUUGGAGCUCAUCGCUUCUCCAGUGCAGUUGGACUUGUCACCAUUAUUGAGUGUGGACCGGUGCUUCUUGGACCUCCACUUUCAGGAGCUCUGGUUGAUAUUUACGGGGAGUAUAAAUCCAUGUACUAUGCGUGCGGACUGUUUAUGCUGGUGCCUGGCAUAUAUUUCUUCAUCAUGCAUUACUUCAACUACAAGAAACUGGACGAGGAGCAGAGGAAGAGUGUGGCUGUGGGGUUGAGGACUUGUGAAGAGGCAGUAAAACUUAAAACGGGCCACGAUGGUAAUACAGCACAUGAAACAGAUGGAUGAACAUGCUGAGUAUGAUUUUAUUUUCAUGGAUAGACAGACGACACUGCACAGGCUUUAAUUCAAUUCAAUUCAAUUCAUUUGUAGAGCCCAAAAUCACAAAUUUGCCUCAGAGGGCUUUACAACAUCCUC